AUGCUCCAGCUCCAGCUCCAGCCCCCUCGCUUCCUGCCGCUCCCUCGCUCCCGCCUCCCCGGCCGCCGCCGCCGCCGCGCGCCCCCGCCUGCCCUCGCCGUCCGCUCCCAGUGGAAGCUCCCCGACGUCGACACCGAUGCGGUGCAGGAGCGGGUGCGUUCGUGGCUCUCCCGGGCGCGGGGCGCGGUGGUGGACGUCACGCAGGCGGCGCGGGAGCGGGGGAAGCGCAAGGAGGAGGCCGAUGGGAGGAAGAAGCAGCGGAAGGAGGAGGCGGAGGAGGAGCCGCUCGUCGCGGUGCCGGAGAUCACCCUGGAGCGGCGGGUCGGCCGCGGCUGGCUCUCCGUGGACGCCAUUGUCGCCAUCGAGCAGUUUGCUAGGUUGAAUGGGUUGACUGGGAGGCAGGUGCAGAGGAUCUUCAAAGCGCUUGCUCAUGAACAUGUCCACAAUGAUGCUCGAAGUCUAGUUGAAUAUUGCUGCUUCCGGUACUUGUCAAGAGAUAACUCGGAUUUUCAUCCAAGUCUGAGGGAGCUUGCAUUUCAAAGGCUUAUCUUUGUGACUAUGCUUGCAUGGAAUGAUCCAUACGAUGAAGACAAUGAUCCACACUCUUCAUUAGAUAACUACUCUAUACUGGGAAGACUUGUUGAAGAAGAUGCCUUUGUCCGAAUUGCUCCUGCUGUGGCAGGUGUUGCUGAUGCUUCAACAGCUCAUCAUCUCUUUAGGGCCCUUGUUGGCGCUGAAAAGGGACUGUCAUUGGAUCUUUGGACAACAUACCUUGGUGAACUUUUGAAGGUUCAUCAUGGGAGGCAAACACAUAAGAUUGGAGAUAAUUUUCUGUCUGAUGAGCAAGUUCUGUGCAUAGGCUCUAGUAGAAAGAGGCCUGUUCUAAAAUGGGAGCAGAAUACUGCAUGGCCCGGACACUUAACCUUGACCAACAAGGCACUCUAUUUUGAGGCCAUUGGACUGGCAGGUAUGAAGAAACCAUUGAGGCUUGACCUUACAGAUCAUAAUUCAAAGAUUGAAAAAGCAAAGGUUGGACCAUUUGGGUCCAGGUUAUUUGACUCUGCUGUAUCUGUUUCAUCUGGUUCAGUGUCAAAUGAGUGGACAUUAGAGUUUGUUGAUUUUGGUGGAGAGAUGAGACGAGAUGUAUGGCUUGCAUUCAUCAAUGAAAUUAUUUCUGUUUAUAAGUUCAUUCGUGAAUAUGGACCAAGCGAUGAUGAUCCAACCAUUCAUCAUGUAUAUGGUGCCCACAGAGGCAAGAAAAGAGCUGUUAGUAGUGCAACAAACAGUAUUGCAAGGCUUCAGUCUCUGCAAUUCAUACGUAGAUUACACGAGGACCCAGCUAAGUUAGUACAGUUCUCCUACCUAUCAGGUGCACCUUUUGGUGAUGUUGUUCUUCAGACCCUAGCAGUGAGGUUCUGGGGUGGGUCACUGAUUACAAACUCGAAAGUGGCAAAUGAAAGAUCACUUCAAAGGCAUAAACAUUCAGAAGGCUCAUCUAGUGGUCGCUCACAGGUUUUCGACAUAGACGGUAGUGUGUACUUAGGCAAGUGGAUGACGUCUCCAAGCUGGGCAUCAAGCCAUUCAGUCAGUUUUUGGAGAGGCUCUUCAGUCAAGCAUGGUGUAAUAUUAAGUAAAUCCUUAGUUGUAGCUGAUAAAAAUCUUGUAGAGAAGGCGAUGGUUAUCUGUAAAGAGAAGAGCAAAGUAGUUGACAAGACACAUGCUACGAUUGUUGCUGCUACGGUUGAAGGUAUUCCAAGCAAUAUUGACCUCUUCAAGGAACUUGUACUUCCCUUCGCAAUAAUGGCUCAAAAAUUCAAGAAACUUCAACGCUGGGAGAAUCCCCGUUCAACCAUUUGUUUUCUACUGUUAGUUUAUACCGUUAUUUUCAGGAACAUGCUCUUUUAUAUAUUUCCGUUUACCUUGAUGGCUAUGGCCCUUUCCAUGCUUGCCCUGAAAGGGCUGAGAGAACAAGGCCGGCUGGGUAGAUCUUUCGGCAAAGUGACAAUAAGGGAUCAACCACCUUCCAACACAAUCCAGAAGAUCGUAGCUCUCAAAGAGGCAAUGGCCUCGGUCGAAAAUUCUCUGCAGCACCUCAAUGUCUCUCUUCUGAAGAUGCGCACAAUCUUUUUAGCAGGCCAACCUGAGGUUACAACUCAGGUUGCUCUCAUUCUUCUAGCAUCCUCUGCCGUUCUUCUCGUGGUUCCUUUCAGAUACAUUCUUGCCGUCUCUACCCUUGAUCUCUUCACAAGGGAGCUAGAGUUCCGGAGAGAAAUGGUGGCGGCGUUCAUAAGCUUUGUGAAGGAACGGUGGGAGUCGAUACACGCUGCCCCUGUGAUCGUGCUGCCAUACGAGGGCGACGAUAACAGCAACAAGGCGCUCCCUGCAAAAGCUUCCAGGCAGACUGAAUCGAAAGACGUGCAAGACCAACGGAGUGACAUCUAUGUGAAUGGAAUCCGCCCUUCAUGA